CUUCCCACAGGUCGCCCGUGGGGACGAGACCCGCGGCUCGCCCGGCCCCCAGCCCUCAGCCGCCAACAUGAAGCAGUUGAUCUGGAACCAGGAGCUGGCCGACGUGGCGCAGGCUUGGUGUAAUACCUGCCCCGCGAACCACGACUGCAAUGACUGUCGGAGAGCGUUUAGCAUAGACGGCUUCGUGGGACAAAACUUGUACUGGAAUUUUGCGUUCCUGGCAGAUCAGGUUUGGAGUCCAGCACUGAAGGCCUUCUACGAUGAGGUGCAGUUCGUCCCCAAAACUCUGGUGGAUAAAUACCUGUCAAUUCCCACGGCAGGACAGAUUGGCCACUACACUCAGAUGGUUUGGGCUGAAACGAGCGAGGUGGGCUGUGGCGCCGUCUACCACGGUCCUUGCGCCGGCAGCUUCCCAGAGUGCAAGACGUAUUGUUGCAAUUACGGUCCUGCAGGAAAUAUUCUGACGAGGCCUAUAUACGAAACAGGUCCUGCGGCUUCAAACUGUCCAAAUGGGAAGUCGGAGGAAUAUGAUGGACUCUGUAAACCAUAAUUUCAUUUGCGUUUUGAAUAUU